UCAGAGUAUUGAUUCCAGGACUAGACACAGCAAACGAAGAUGUUGGGGCUACUUCUGGUACUUCUGCUCCCAGGUUGUCUCCCCCCUGGUGUAGCUGGCGGUGACACUGAGUCCCUUCAGCCCAGAAGCCUCUUGCAGUUCAACAAGUUGAUUAAGUGUGCCAUCCCAGGGAGCAUCCCACUUUUAACGUUCAACAACUACGGAUGUUACUGCGGGCUUGGUGGACAGGGGAAACCGGUGGAUGAUCUGGACAGGUGCUGUCAGACACACGACAAAUGUUAUGACGAGGCUAAGAAAAUCGGCUGCAAAAAUUUUAAUAACCCCAAAGCUGUGGGCUACAAGUACACCUGUUCCUUAUUUGCUACGUUAAUGUAAUCAGUAAUCUCAUUUAAAUCCAACACUCCUUAUCCCGUUCUCACCGUCUUUCACUAUCUGUGUCACUCAUGAUGCUCAAGACUGGAUCGCUUCAAUCUCCCUGCAGUGAAAGCUAAUUCUGGUUUGUGUCUCUUCCCAUAACGUUCAUAACCAAAAUGUGCAAUUAUCCGUGUCCAAUAUCCUCACUCCCUCUCCAAAAUAUGAAUGCAGCAGCAUUUGGGAAUCCUAUUGAAAAUCCAGGUUUACAUCCUAUUGGGAUGUUCACACCCUCAGUCCAGGGCUUUCUUCUAAUUAAUGCUGUCACUACUAAAUCCUGCAAUGAUCGUAUCUAAUGGUCAUUCUUAAUGACAUUGUAUGUGGCUCAGUUAACGAAGGUGGUGGUCGUGUAUUUUCUAUAAUCUAUUAAAAUGAUUUGAGCAUGUUCAAGGUUGCAUGGUGUCUCAUUUCUUG